GGGGGGGCGGGGAUCUCGGGAACGGGGAGGGUACCGGAUGGCUUCCCCGUCCGGGAAUUGUUGGGGGGGGGAAAAGGAAGGGUGGAAACCGGCACGAGAGAGAGGGGGGUCGGCCGGUUCUUUGCGGGGAGGAAUCGGCGGUGGGAGCUACCCCCGAGGCCUUUGUCUUCGGGGAAAGUGUCCCCGGACAGCGACGUCCUUCGGGAGCCCCCCACCCGCUCUCCGGCUGCAGGUGCGGGGUGGGGGGCAGCUCCGGACGGGCGUUGUGCCGCGGGGGUUCCUCCUCCGCGCGGUGCGAACGGGGCGGUGCGGGGUCGGCGAUGGGGCAGCGCGCAGAGAUUGGUCUGGUCCGGAUGGCGCGGAGCGGUGCUGGGGCUGCGCUCGGCCCCGCGUUACUGCGGGGUGAUAGGUCACUGCCGCUCCGAAAUGCCCCCUGCAGCACCGGCGUGUCCCCCUGCCGGCAAACAAGCCGCCGUGCCCCAACCGUCCCCUCCGGUCCCUUGGGUGUCAGAGCGGGAUGCUGAGACCCCCUCACCCGCAGCAGUGUGGGGCUCAGCAGUGUGCUGCCUGCCCCCCAUGCCGAUGGCCCUGGAGGUGGCUGUGCGGUGACACCAAGCAUCGAGCUGCUCUGCCAGCCUGGCCCCACCAUGCUGCAGGACGAGCUGCUCCGGCUCACCCUGCCAGACGUCAGCUUAUCUCACCCUUGGAGAGAUGCAUCUUUAUGGCUCUGCAUCUUUAUUUCCACGUACAUUCGCUGCAGCUGUGUUGACAGGAGCUGAAGCACAAACAGGUUAUCCCGUGGGUGAGGUGUGCGUACAGAGCCCCUGGGAGCUGCCAGUGUUUGGGGCGUUGGAAAGAGAAUCUGGUCCUUUUGGCAAUGGCCAGCAGUUGUGUUUCCUCAGGGCCGUGGAGCUGCGGUGUUUGGUGCUCUGGGAAAACAGGGCAGAGGUGCCUGGAAGUGGGGCUGCCGCCAUGGGGAGGCGGCUUCAGGAUCCCAACUGGCUGCAGCAGGCACAGAUCAGCCGCGCUGAAUGCCAAUGCUGUGACCUCUGCAGGAAAGGUCCAGAAGCCCCACAUGCUCCCGCAGACAGAUAGGGACAGGGGCUGGCUGAUUCCAGGGAAUUAAAAUUCCCAUGGAUUUCAGGGAGCUGUGAUCCCUUCCCCAAGGCAGGAGCAUCCUACGGGGUCACUGGGGUGGGCGGUGCCUGCAGUGGGGCAGCGAUGGCUGUUUGCAGCCCUAUGAGCACUGAAAGGCUCCAAACAGGCAGGGGGCCACAGUGGGGACAUCAGCCGUCCUUUGGAGCAGGGCCGAACGGUGUCAGUUUGAAGAAAGCCCCGGGAUUAGAGGCUCUAAAAGCCUGGAGGUGCUCCGUGUGGUGGCACUCAGUCCCUUCUGAGGGGGACACAGCUCCGUGCCCAGCACUGCUGGGAGCAUUCCGCAUCCCUCCGCAGGGAAGAGUGAUGUGGGACCGCCUGGAGGCAGUGGGGAGGGCAGAGGGGAUGGGAGCAGAGGAGAUGGACCUGUUGGGGCUGCCCGGCUUCUUAGCAUGGGAGGCGCGUACUGCUGUCACAGUCUAAUUACAGGGACCUGUCUGCAGCCCAGACGGCUGCCAGCCAUCGUAAUCACAUCAAACCGGGCUGGGCUGGGUUCUCCUGCACAGUCCCAUUGAUUCACAGCCCUGUCCCCAGCCUUACCCCAGCGGGCUCCUGCUGGAUGAGAUGCUCUGUGUGGGUAGGACCCACUCUGCUGCAUCUGUGGGGCACAUGGGUGGUCCGACGACAGCAGAUCAGCUGUGCAAUUUGGGAUCUUAGCAAACAGAGCAAAGCUUGGGGCUACCGUGCAUGUCCUGUGGGAGGGAUGCAUUACCCACAGGGACUGAAGGCGGCAGCAAGGCUAGCAUGCUGCACUCACGGGUGUCUGAAUUCAGCACUCCACGGAUGUGACAAUGCUCCAUCGCAGCUGUGGGGCUGAGACUGUUCACUGAUCCAACACCACCGGUGGUCCUUCACCAAGGCGGUGCCACUGUGGGCUGCGAAUACACAGAACUGGGCCAGGUGUGUUCAUCCCACCCCCUCCAAGCAGCAAUCUAUAGCCACGCACAGCUUUGAAAAGCAGUAUGCAGCUGGCCUGCUCCAGUGUUGGCAAGGAUGGGCAGACCCCAGGGAGCAAGCCGCCCUUCUGCUUUAUCCCAUUGACUGCCAAUCUGCCGCGUUAAUCAUUGACCUGGGUGCACGGCUGGGAAUCCUGAGCUCAGAGCCCUGCACACACGUCCUGGUGCCCUGAGCUGCUGCGCUGCAGGAUGCACUGCUGCUGGGGAAGAGCUGUGGGAGGGCCUGGAGCCUCCGAGGGCUGAGGUCACCAACCCUCGCCGCUCUUUCCCGGGAAGCCUUUUUGUGGAGGAUGGCAGCCCUAGGGCAGCUCCCGGGGGUGUCAGCACGGUGCAGCAGGUCCCACAGGGAGAGCUCCGGGCUGGUGUGCGGGGAGCCCUAGAGCCACCGCAUCGCUUUGUUUUGGAAAGCCGAGCCAGGAAGGAAGUGAGUGGUGACAAACGCCGCGUGGGGAGGGGAGGGGAGGGGACGGGACGGGACGGGUUUGCACCGCACAGCCAUGAGCCAGGCACGCCGGGCGAGCAGGAACAGCCGCUCGGGGCAGAACAAUAGCAGCCCGGAGGGAAUAAAUUAUUUUCCACCAAAUUGGGUGAGACCGAGGUCUCCUCCCACUGCUCCGCUCAGGGACAGGCCACUAACCCAGGGCUCAGCCGUGCCGGCAAAGGGCUGGCGGCAGCUGGGGGACAUCUCCGCUGUGGGUGAGCAAACGGCAAAGUGCGGCUCCUCCGAAGCUGCCCCAGGGUGAGCACAAACGCCCGCGGUCCCCCCUCUCCCCCCCAACUAUCCUUUCCCCAGCGCUCCGCGCCCGGCAGGCAAAGCCCCCGCCCCGGCGAGCAGCCUUGCUCCGGGAGGGCUUGUUUGUAACUCCAGAGAUCUCUGCGGAGACUCACCGAAGGGCCUCGAGGUCCCCGCGGCGCAGUCCCACCGGGAUGACAGUCUCCUGGGGACAGACUUCUCUGCGCCGAGGCUCUCCCGCAGCUCCGCUCCUCUCUCCGCAGCUCAUGUCCCGGCCGAGUCCCUCAUGGCCCCAGCGAGACGAGCCUCCCCCGUGCGGCACCGCCAUCCCGCUCCCCCCGGCCUCGUCCGACAGCGACUCCGGCUGUGCCCUGGAAGAGUACUCGGAGCCCCCUGCAGAGCCCUCGCCCCCCGAGGUCGCCGCCUGCUUCGAGAACCGCCCCCCGGACUCCCCCCGACUUGCCGACAGGAGCCGGCUCCGUGUCAGAGCCCUCCUGCAGCAGCUGCCGCCUCAGGACUGCGAUGAGCGGUACUGCCCCGACCUCGAGGAGGAGGAGAGGAAGCAGCUCCGGGCGUUCAGCGCCCGCCGCCGACGGGACGCGCUGGGCCAGGGGGUGGCAGUGCCCGUGCCAGGCGCCCGCCACGGCUGUCCCUGCAGGAAGUGCGGCAGGAGGCUGAGCAAAGGGGACCCUGGGAUUGCGGCGUCGCAGCUGGGAGAACAGCUCUGGCACCCGCCCUGCUUCUGCUGCCACGUCUGCCACCAGCCCCUGGUGGACCUCAUCUACUUCCAGGAAGAUGGGAGGAUCUACUGCGGCCGGCACCACGCCGAGCUCUUCCGGCCGCGCUGUGCCUCCUGUGACCAGCUGAUCUUCUUGGAAGAGUGCAUCGAGGCAGAGGGCCGGCGCUGGCACCCAGAGCACUUCUGCUGCCUGGAGUGCGACGCGCCGCUGCAUGGGCAGCGCUACGUGAUGCGGAGCGGCCAGCCCUGCUGCCGCAGCUGUUUUGACAGCCUCUUUGCCGAGCUGUGCCAGGCCUGCGGGGAGCCCAUCGGUGUCGACAGCGAAGAGGCCACGCACCAGGGUCUGCACUGGCACGCCCACGCCACCUGCUUCUGCUGCAGCCUCUGCCGAAAGCCGCUGCGUGGGCAGCCCCUCACUGCCCGCUGCGGGCGGCUCUUCUGCUCCGAGAGCUGCAGUCUGGGCCAGGAUGCAUCCUCUGCUGCUUCCACCACAUCCGAUUCCUCUGACUCGGCCUUUGUGUCGGCCCCGUCCCCUGACUCAACACCCGUCUCCCGAGCCAGCCAUGCCACCAGGGCUGGGAGCACUGCGGCAGCUGGGGGCUGCAGACAGCGGGUGGAAGGGGCUGAGAUGCUUCCAGAUCAUGCCUCCACACAUCCUGCGUUCAGGAGCCCUGAGGACCACGGAGCUGCUGUGGAGAGGAGCAAGGAUGCUGUGUGCACAGGGAUGCUAGGACCGCCAGCCAGCCACCCCUCUGAUCCCCAGCCCAGUACAGGGGGUCCCAGCAGGCUUCUGGGAGGUCCUGACCCCCGAACACUGGCGGAUGAUGGAAAUCCACACUUUCAAGUGGGUGUGUGCCCUGCCCGACCCAGCCCAUGUCUGGAGGACACUGACCCACAGGAUGUCAUGGAAGAGGAUGACUCUUGGUGUCCCACCUGCUCCUCAUCUUCAGAUUCGGACUCAGAAGAGGAGGGCUUCUUCUUUGGGAAACCCAUCCCCAAGCCUGGGAUGAACUCUGUGGGCAGGGAGCCCCAGCGCCUGGAGCGGGCGGGUUGCAGGAUGGCAAAGCUGCGGGGCAGCAGCAAGCACUGCAGCGUGUCCUAGCACAGGGACACUCAGCAAGCAAGGGUCCCCAGGUGCUGCAGAGGCAGUGGGGCAAAGUGGCACUUUGCAUGGUGUUUAAGCAGAGGGGCAGCAGCUGGGUGCCAUGUAUGGCACUGCCAUCCUGCCAACGAUUGCAGUGGUCUCAAUGCAUUCCAAGCAUCUUUUGGACACAGCCCAAGGCUGGGGUGGCGGAGGGGAGGGAGAAGCCACUGGGAUCUUUCACCGGCAGCUGCUGGCAAAGCACAGCCUGCAAUUCCUGCUGGCCUCUCCCUCAAUUAGGAACAGGUAAAGCGAGCAGGGAGCAGAGAACCAGCAGCCCGCACUGGGGCACAGUCUCUGACUGCUGUCUCAGACAAGCCCAAAGCCUCAGAGAGCAGCUGUACAUUGGGGAGGGCAGCCAAGGACAUAGGACAAGGGCAGACACUUGCAUGGCACCUGCUGCAGGGACUCCUGCCCAGACUGGACAGGAGGGAUCUGGCCACCAGGGUCAGAUCCAGAUGCUAGGUGAGAAUCUCUCACCUGCAGGGACAUCUUGAAAGACAAGCGCUGAUGCUGCCCCACACUGCAGGGAGGAGACCGGUGGGGCAGCUCUGCUACCAUGAUGGACUAUGCUCCAAUAAAGCUCAGCUGAGACUUGAAUACAGGAGAGCCAACCACAGCUGGCCUCUUUCUCUCCAGCCUGGGGUUGCAGUAGCAUUAACCGUGCUGCUGGAGACUGUGUUCGAUGGGAACUGAGGGGCCCCAGGGAAGGACCGGGCUGGGGUGUCACUGUGAGACCCCUCCCUGUGCAAACUGGCCCCAGCAGAACAGGAACAGAGCUAUAGCAAUGCAAAGGCUAAACCAGGGCUGCAAAAGAAACUCAUUUUUAUUUAUGAAAACAAGAACAAACCCUGAGUUUUAAGAGAGACUCUAUGAAAAUCAUGAAUAGAAUAAAGACAAGGGGAGGCCCCUCCCCACAGUUA